AUGAACAAAGCUUUAGUUCUUGCUCUUUUCUUAGGUUUAGCCGUUGCUAAUGAAUCACAAGGAUGGUUCUGGCCUAAUGAUGACGCCUCCCUCAAGUAUCUUGUUCAAGAGGAACAAUACGCUCUUGGCUACGGUGCUCAAGCUGACUUCGGAUAUGGCUCCCACUACAAAAUUAAUAAUGUUAACCCAAGCAAAGAGGAGAUUUACGGACUCCAUAUCUACUCAUUUGCUUCAGUCUAUCUUGAAGCAACCGUUACUAGAUUCUACAAGUGGCAUGGAGAUUUCUUCUUCGAGCCACUCUAUUGGGAGGUCUACAAUCAACAUCUCUCAUGGGUGAGACCAGAGUCAGAUAACGACUUCCAUUUCUAUGUCCAAGGAGAUAGAAUGGGAAGAGCUCUUUCAUUCACUACCACCGUUAAAGAAAAUGCUCAAACCUUUGAGACUUCAUUGGUUAGAUGGAUGCGUGAUAUGGACAACAACGACCCAUAUCCAAGUUCAUCAGAUGUUAAAUUCGAUGAUGACUACGAACAAGAGUCUAAUGACAACUACUGGGGAACAACCUUCUCAGAUGAGAUUGAUGGUCUCACCGAUCUCCUCACUGCUAAUUACUACGGUCCAACCAAGCUAUUCUGA